UCUGAAAUGCAAGAAACUGCCCUGAGACCUCCCACAGCCGAGAGCUAAAUUGGGAAGAGGGUGAUGGCCAAUCACCCCAGCAAGAAUGCUUUCAGAUGCCCCACUGGCCCAUGGUUCACUAAGAAUCUUUCCCCGGACAAAAUCAACUUGAGCACUCUGAAAGGGGAGGGUCAGCUGACCAACCUGGAGCUGGACGAAGAGGUUCUACAGAAUGUGCUGGAGCUGCCCACCUGGUUAGCCAUCACGCGGGUCUACUGCAACAGGGCCUCGAUCCGGAUCCAGUGGACAAAGUUGAAGACACACCCGAUUUGCUUGUGUCUGGAUAAGGUAGAGGUGGAGAUGAAGACGUGUGAGGAGCCUCGGCCCCCCAAUGGACAGUCCCCUAUUGCCCUCGCGUCGGGACAGAGUGAAUAUGGCUUUGCGGAGAAGGUGGUGGAGGGGAUGUUCAUCAUCGUCAAUUCUAUCACCAUCAAGAUUCACUCCAAGGCCUUCCAUGCUUCUUUCGAACUGUGGCAGCUCCAGGGCUACAGUGUCAACCCCAACUGGCAGCAGAGUGACCUUCGCCUCACCCGCAUCACGGACCCCCGCCGAGGAGAGGUCUUAACGUUCAAGGAGAUAACUUGGCAGACCCUUAGAAUUGAGGCCGACGCUACAGACAAUGGUGACCAGGACCCAGUUAGCACCCCGCUGCGGCUCAUUACCAACCAAGGCAGGAUCCAAAUAGCCCUCAAAAGAAGGACCAAAGACUGCAACGUGGUCGCCUCCAAGCUGAUGUUCCUGUUGGAUGACCUGCUCUGGGUGCUGACCGACUCUCAGCUCAAGGCUAUGAUGAAGUAUGCCGAGUCGCUGAGCGAGGCCAUGGAGAAGUCAGCCCAGCAAAGAAAGAGCCUGGCCCCCGAGCCUGUGCAGAUCACGCCACCUGCUCCCAGUGCCCAGCAGUCCUGGGCCCAGGCAUUUGGUGGCAGCCAGGGGAACAGCAGCAGCAGCAGCAGCCGCCUGAGCCAGUACUUUGAGAAAUUUGAUGUGAAAGAGUCCUCCUACCAUCUGCUCAUCUCUCGCCUGGACCUGCACAUUUGUGAUGAUAGCCAGUCCAGAGAGCCAGGAAUCUCCGCAAACAGACUUACGGGUGGCGCCAUGCAGCUCACCUUCCGCAGGAUGGCGUUUGACUACUACCCCUUCCACUGGGCAGGUGACAGCUGCAAACACUGGGUGCGGCACUGUGAGGCCAUGGAGACGCGAGACCAGUGGGCACAGAAACUGGUGAUGGAAUUUCAGAGCAAAAUGGAGAAGUGGCAUGAAGAGACAGGUCUGAAACCACCCUGGCACCUGGGGGUAGACUCACCCUUCCGGAGGAAAGCAGAUUCUCUUUCCAGUCCUCGAAAGACCCCUCUUGAGAGAAGUUCCUCACAGGGCAAGCAGGCUGCCUUCCGGCCUCCAGCAUGGAAUCGCUUACGCUCUAGCUGCAUGGUAGUACGAGUCGACGACCUCGACAUCCACCAGGUUUCCACAGCUGGACAGCCAAGUAAGAAGCCGUCCACGCUCCUCUCCUGCAGUCGGAAGCUCCACAACCUCCCCACUCAGGUCUCUGCCAUCCACAUCGAGUUCACCGAGUAUUACUUCCCAGAUAAUCAGGAGCUUCCGGUUCCCUGUCCCAACCUCUACAUUCAGUUAAAUGGCCUAACAUUUACCAUGGAUCCUGUCAGCUUGCUCUGGGGAAACCUCUUCUGCCUGGAUUUAUACCGCAGUUUGGAGCAGUUCAAAGCUAUCUACAAGCUGGAAGAUUCACGCCAGAAAGAUGAGCACUUGGAUAUCCGACUGGAUGCCUUUCGGUUGAAGGUGGGCUUUCCCCUGGAGAAGCGAGAGCAGGCAGAGGUGCAUCGCCCCCAGGCCCUGGCUGUCUCUGCAUCAGGCAUGGUUGCCACCAACACACGCCAUGCCCCACAUUGUAGCUGUCCUGACCUCCAGAGUCUCUUCCGGGGUUUUGCUGCUUCGGAGUUUUUUCAUUCCAGUUAUGAUCAUUUCCCUAAGGUCCCAGGUGGCUUCAGCCUUCUGCACAUGCUUUUUCUGCAUCAUGCCUUCCAGAUGGAGUCCCGCCUCCCUCAGGCUAGCACCCUUCCUCCCCAGAGGCCCAAGGCUUCCCAGGAUCUCUGGUCCAUCCACUUCACCCAGAUCUCCUUGGACUUUGAGGGAACAGAGAACUUCAAAGGCCGUACCUUGAAUUUUGUGGCCCCCUUCCCCUUGUCCAUUUGGGCCUGCCUGCCCCUCCGCUGGCAGCAGGCUCAGGCACGGAAGCUCCUCUUGGCCUCAGAGGGGAGGCUAAAACCAUCUGCCAGCUUCGGCAGUCCUGCCCAGUCUGAGACCCUUGUCCCUGAGCCUGUAUCCCACCAGAGGUCAAAGACUGAGCAUGAUUUGAAACGCCUGUCAGGCCUUUCGGAAGUCAUGGACAUUCUGAGCGAAGGCAGUGGUGGCGUGGACAACAAAGGGCCUGCAACAGAGCUGGAGGAUGCAGCGGGAGUGCACGUGCUCGUACACUCCCCUGCCCACGUCUGCCUGAGGCUCGACCACUACCAGUACUUGGCUCUACUCCGCCUGAAGGAGGUGCUGCAGCGGCUUCAGGAGCAGCUGGCUAAGGACACAGAGGCCAUGACUGGGUCUCCCCUGCAGGACCAGACAGCUUGCAUCGGGGUCCUCUUCCCCAGUGCUGAGGUGGCUCUGCUCAUGCAUCCUGCCCCUGGGCCUGUUGAUGCUGACUCUGCAGGCUCGGAUACCACCAGCCUCAUAGACUCAGAGCUGUCCCCUUCAGAGGAUCAGGAACCGAAGUCCGAUGCUUCUUCAGACCAGGGCCCGGCCAGCCCUGAGAAGGUCGUGGAGGAUGGCAGCAUUGAGAAUCUGGAUGGACCCCAGGAGAGGCCACAUAGCAAUGGAGAGCUGCAGGACUCAGGCCCGCCUGCAGAGCAGCUGGCAGGGAAGGGUCAUGAAGCAGUCGAGUCCUUACAGGCCAAGAGACUGAGCAGAGCCCAAGCCCCCAGCUCACCCGCUGCAUCGAAGCCCCCAGCUGGCAAGGAUCCCGCUGUGAAUGGGCAGGGCGAGCUCAUCCCCCUGAAGAACAUCGAGGGCGAGUUGUCGAGUGCUAUUCACAUGACCAAGGACGCCACCAAGGAGGCUCUACAUGCCACCAUGGACCUCACCAAGGAGGCUGUGUCCCUGACUAAGGAUGCCUUCAGUCUGGGCAGAGAUCGGAUGACCUCCACCAUGCACAAGAUGCUGUCCCUGCCCCCAGCCAAGGAGCCAGUGGCCAAGACCGAGGAGAGUGCGGCUGCCCCGGUGAGUGGAGGUGCCGCCCGACUCCGCUUUUUCUCCAUGAAGAGGACGGUCUCUCAGCAAUCAUUUGACGGUGUCUCACUGGAUAGCAGUGGCCCCGAAGACCGGAUUUCGGUGGACAGUGAUGGCAGUGACAGCUUCGUGAUGCUUUUGGACGCUGAGUCUGGUCCAGAAUCUGUUCUACCAGAAUCUCUUCCAGAUGUCCUGGAUGAUUCAGGUGUUCAAGGGAGCCCUGCGGUGGACACAUACGGCCAGGGCUCACCAGAAGCCAACAGUUCCAUUUCACCCAGUGGGGAAGACCUCAUUCUUCACCAGGUCUCAGUUCUGGUUCUGAAGGUGAAUGAGGUAUCUUUUGGGAUUGAGGUGCGUGGUGAGGACCUGACUGUAGCCCUGCAAGCAGAGGAACUGACCCUCCAGCAGCUGGGCACCGUGGGACUCUGGCAGUUCCUGCACGGACAGUGCCCGGGUACAAGCUCUCAGGAACCUCCAACUUUGAAAACUGAUCACAUCAGGCCAGCUGUGGGCCUGCGCUUUGAGGUGGGGCCUGGUGCAGCGGUCCAUUCUCCCUUGGCCACACAAAAUGGCUUCCUGCAUUUCUUGCUUCGUGGCUGUGACCUCGAGCUGUUCACUUCGGUGCUCAAUGGCCUGGGGCCCUUCUUGGAGGAUGAGGAGAUCCCGGUGGUGGUCCCCAUGCAGAUCGAGCUCCGCAACUCCAGCAUCACCCUAAAGGAUGAUAUCCCCCCCAUCUAUCCAACCUCUCCAGGCCCUAUCCCCAUCACUCUGGCCAUGGAGCAUGUUGUGGUGAAGCGGAGUGAUGACGGUGUGUUCCACAUAGGCGCUGCUGCUCAGGACAGACCACCAGUUGAAGUACCUAGAAGUGAGAAGAGGCAGCCCCCCAAAGAACAGGUGUCCCUGGUGCCCACAGGAGAGAGUUUUGGACAGCAGGUGAAAGAACUGCCUUCCUUACAAAAAGAACUUAUAGAAACUAAACAAGCAUUGGCCAACGCCAACCAGGAUAAAGAAAAACUUCUUCAGGAGAUUAGGAAAUAUAACCCCCUCUUUGAGCUCUGAUAGCAGUGCUCAGCCAUCCGUGCCAAGGAGAGGGGUCACCAGCAAUAGCACCACCUAGGACAGAGGCGCCGUCUGGCGUUGCAUACGUCUGCUGAGGAUCCGGAGGGACCGGGAGUGCUCCAUCCACUCCGAGUGUGCUUCCUACCGGCUGUUCUAUCGGGGAUGGAGGAGAGGGCAGAGCGGAUCCCAUCCCAGGAAGUUGGGGAGCUUUGUGUGUGGCUUGAGCAUCUUGUCUCGCCUGUGAGAAGCCGUCCGGCCCUCUGCAUACUAGGUGGAAUCUUCGCAAUGCUCCAGGGCCAUUUCCCCUCCUGGUUUCACGGGAGACAUUUGCUUCCUUUACGCCUGUGUCCACAAGUGAGUUUCCACAACCUUGGUCACCCACAGAGCCACCAAAGAGUCCACGUCCCAGAGCUUCCUGCAGCAGACUUGAAAAGUCCUUGGCCCGAUCUUUGGCCAUGACAGUGGAGUGGAGCGGGAAUAGCCCAGCAGGUGGGGGAGGGCAGGCGAGUCACAGGAAUAAGGGAGCCCUAGACGCUGCCCUUUUAGAAAGGGAACUAAGCCUCUGCCCUCAUGGCUAAGCUCACAAUCGGUUGCAGAGUUCAGCUUCCGCACACUUUCAUCGCCAUGAUGCUGGGUUCGUGGGCCAACAGCCCUCUGUACACAGCUGAUUUGCCACGUAAACCCAGGAGAAAAGAGCCACUCUGAGCUGGGCUGAAGGUAUGCUAUGGCAGGGGUCAGCGGGGGAGACUGGUCCUGCCCCCUUCCACAGCCGCACCUGAGCGCUAUCUCCUCCGUCACCCUGGGGUCCCUGGCGCAUCUGCUUUCCCAGAACUGACUUUCCGUCUGCCAGUGCUAUCCUCAGCACUCGAUGGUCUGGGAGCUAAAAGUCUAUUUUAACAUUAACAUAAACAUCUCAGCCCAUUGCCUCUUAUCCCCCCGUGUCAUUGGGGCUUUUUAGAAUCAUGUUAUUUUGACUUAAGUAAAAAAACAAAAAACAAAAAGCCUUCAACUCAACCAGGUUACACUCUCUGCCAUAUAUACAUUUUUAAAAAGCUAUUUUCUUCCUCUUUCCUUUGAUUCUCCUCCAGCUCGCCGCCCUCAUCCACACCACUCUAUGAUGUGCUUCAAGCCGUUGAUUGGCUAGAAGUGCUAGCAGCCACUUCGCCUUACUUGGCAAAUGCAAGUAUUGAUUUAGGGAUGUUAUGAAGCCUCAAGCACCUAUGGCCUAUUGAAGGAAAGGGAAAAUGCUUUCUCUUAUGGGAAAUCAUGCUUGACUUGUAUACUCCAGAUUUUUGAGCAUAAAAAGAAACAUGCAUUCAUGAAGGAAAGAUCUAGUUUGUUCAGACCUCCGAAGGACUUUCAUGAAGUUUUUUCACUAAGGCGAUUUUUAAAACACUAGUUACUAUGAGAUCAUGGGAACUUGCCAUGCUUAGGGAAGAAUCUAGAAACUUAGAUGUAACGAAACAUCCUUAUGGUGAGAAUGUUAACAAGGGAAGUUUUCUAAGGGUUGAUGCUUGGUUCAGCCGUAAGAGUUUUAUAAAUGACUUGAAAGUAGAAUUUUAGAAUGAAGUAAAAAGUCACUACUUCCAGGAAGUGAAAGGUAGACCGGAAAGAGAUUUUAAAAAUACAAAGUAAAACCACAGAAAGGUCACGAACAGGGCUGAGUACGCAGGAAAAUGACAGGGCGGUCCAGCGCAGUGUAGGUGUAAGGCAUUUAUGGGAGCAGCGGUGACCGGAAUGGCAGAGAGCUCUGUGAGAACUCGGGAAAGAAACUGGAGCGUUGCAGAGCGGGAGGGUCAGUGUGCUGCUGGGACUAAAAGCCUAACAGCUGGUGAGGCACCUUCAGGAAGGAUGCUCGGUGACAGCACGGACUGACAGCAACUCGUGGUUGUGUCUUAGCCAAAUCAUCGGUGCAUUUUUCGUGACCUUGUUUACACGUUACAUGGUAAAGGGGACAGGUCCAGAGAAGGGCAAAAGUGAUUGGGGGUGGAGGUACUUCCAUAUGAGGGACAGCUGUCACAUGCCUUCUUGGGAAGGUGAGAGCUGAGGGCAGUGUCUGUCGAGUAUCUAGCCAAGAGCAAGGACCUGGCCCUGAAACGCUGGCUGUAGGGCUCUACCUCAUGGCUUUAGGUAAAGAAAGUGCUUCUGAGAGACAAUUACGGAUCUCAUCCAAGAAAUGGUAUCAGCGAAAUGUAUACCUGGAUGCAGAAGGCUUAGGAGGGACAUUUGAUGGUUUCCCAAGAGGAAUGACAGCGAACUAGGGCUACUUGGUGAUAUGCAGCUGAGAAGACAACCUUGCCCCUCCACAGGUCACCCCGAGUGCCGUUUCAGAGCGCUGUGCCCUUCCUGGGUCACUGGUCCUCUUCACUAUGGCAUUUCUAAUGUUCUUGAAGGGGACCCAGGAGUUGGAAAAUAGACGCAUCCAACCAUAGGCUCAUGCUCAUUGGCUUAAAAUCACACUCCUAUUUCCCCCCCGCCUCUCCUCUCCUGUCCACCAUAUCCCUCUGGCAUCUGUCCAUGCAAAAAAAAAAAAAAAAGUCUAAGAGGCAUUGCCUGGAACACCGUCACCUUAAGCUUGUGCUUGAGGGGAGGCAACAGACCCUGUGAAUAUCAAGGCUAAUAAGCCCUUCAGGGCCCGAGCUCAGUCGGCUUCCUGGACUCUGCCAAGGAGUCUAGAGUUCUUGUCCAUGUUGACAAAUGGAGUCCUAGAAUUUCUAACUUCAUGUGGCAGCUUUGGCCAUUGUGUCUUGAGAUCCUCCCUCAGGAAGUGGGGUGGGGUCGUUAUUCCAUAUUUUAAUAGAAAUCAUCUUGUUUGACUUCACACUCCGGUCCAUGAGGGCAAGACUUCAUAAUGGAGGAAUGUGAACUGGCGGUAAUCUUCAGGCUGAGUAGAAAGGAAAAUAAUGAAAAGAAAAAGCAGUAGUGUCAGCCCUUUCGGACUGCUUGUAAUUUCUACCUUGGAGCUGCAAGACUCUGAACAAGAAAUAAUAAUACCUCAAGAAAACGUCUGGAGUGAUAGCAUCGCUCUCCCUCAGAGACUUCAGCCACCACCGCACAGUCCCGUUUCAGCCGGGAAGCACGCACAGCUACGCAUCAUGUGUGGUCUCGACUUCCUGUCUGCAUGAUGUACCAGGGAGAUGCUGCAGUACCUGUGGACUGGAGUUCCAUCUCUCGGGUGGGUUACAGGAUGGCUGGCAAUCUCAAAUUCCAUUUUCAACUCCCUGGAAUAAUCAACCUAGUUCUCUAAGACAGGAAUGGGUUCUGUUCACAUCAUGGCUGCUUUUUACAAUGGAUCUCAUUUUGUCAUGACCUCCACCCAGAUCUAUGCCCCCUUUUUCAUGGUUGUAGAAGGAAUGGUUCUGUGUGUGAAACAUGCAAAGGAUAAACACCCCCCCAGUCCUUCACACGCCCCAUGAUUUAAAUGCUUCCACUUCAUCAUUUACAUUAGUUUCUCCUUGGGGGAAAACAGAAGGGGACUACAGAGGAAGUAAUGUGAAGUACUGCGAGUAACACGGGACGUCCCACUCCAAACCUGUACGCUGGCUCCCAUCCCCCUUUCUAAUACUUCCCAAACUUCCACGAUGUAGUGAAAUCAAGAAACUUUGGAAACAACUGAAAUUUGCUACACAGCUAGAAUGAUGACACCUGUUUGAGAAAUGUAAAAGCUGUCCCCACCUUGUGACUUAAUCAGUCGUCGAGUGUUUAAGAGAAUCAUUAAGGGUGAUGCCCUGCCUUUGCAGACUAGGGCCUUCACCUAGUUAUUCUCCCACCUUCUGCCGGACAGGUACGGAGAGCCCCAUUACUGAAUGGGGAUUAUUUUCCCAUGGCAUAAGGGGGAAGAACCUUAACAGUGAGGCUUUUCUGACUUGGCAACUGCUCUUCUCCCCUUGGUUGUUAAGCUUCGGCCUUCUCCAGUAUCUCUACAAUAGGUAUAGUUCCUAUAAUUGUUUAAAAAACUGCUGUUAGAGCUGAGAGGGGAUCUUUUGUCAGUUUGUUUUUGGUCGAGAUUUAGCCUACCUUAGAGCAUUUCCCUGUGGAAUGCCCCACUGAAAUGUCUUCUCCAUUGGCUAAGUACAUGUUUCAAGCCACGUGUUUUAAUGUAAAAUACUAAACGUCAGAUUUGUCCGACUUCUUGAGUCUGUUUCCCCCACUCAGGGUGCUAAACAGAACUGGCAUCUUUACUAAGACAUGCUCAGGAAAGCUUCAAAAGAGAAAUGAUUCAAAACCUUUACUCGCUGUGACACUGAGUGAUACGGAGAAAAGAAUCCUUGGGGGUCACCGAUCACAUACAGGUAGCCUUAUUACUGCUAACCACUGUCAAUAAUGGUUACUCCAUUCCCUCUAUUUGAGGAAAACUAUGAGAAUGUAUCUGAGGAACUGGAAUCCUAGUCAGUAUUGGGAAAUUUUAAUGUUGCAAUAUCUCAUCAAACUUUGACUGUACUGGUUCUGUGAACCACCAGAAUAAAUGCAAUUAAACUUA